AUGGUGGGAAUGGACUUGCAAUGGCACAACCAGGCUCGCUUACUCCACGCUGACGUGGCUGCCGAUGGCGAGGGGAUAACGAAGCGGGAGGCGAAGGCGAGGCCCGAGGGGACGGCGGCGGAGAAGGUGGGGAGGAAAAGCGCCUCCCGACGCAGCAGAAAGGGACGCCGCGCUGGCGACGAGCUCUUGACCGAGCGUGACGCCGCUGACAGCGGCGAGGAUCGUGAGAACGGUGAUGGAGAUGACGGGGCAGCGGCAGGAGCAGUAGCUGCAGUGGAAGCAGCAGCGGCAGCGGCAGCGGCAGGGGAUAGUGACGCGGCAGCAGCGGAGAGCGAGAAUGAGGCCCGUCGCCCCGUGUCGUCCAUCCGCCCUCCUCGUCGCUCCGCCUCCCGUGCCUCAAGAGCAGGCGGCACAAGGGCAGGCACGCGGCCGGGCCCGCCUGUGGCGCUGAGCGUGCGUGACGACCGCGGAUGGACGAUGCUGCACAUCGCCAGCCACAUGGGCAACGUGCGCAUGGUGCGGCAGCUACUGGAGGAGGGGGAUGUGGCAGUGGACGAGCCGUCGCUGGGCCCAAAGCACGCGGGCGCGACGGCGCUGCACCUGGCGGCAGCAGCGGGGCACAUAGCGGUCAUGGAUGCGCUGCUGGAGGGCGGAGCCAAUAUUGAAGCGCGCACGCGUGGUGCCUUUGGCUGGACCCCCCUGCACCACGCAGCCCGGCACAAUCGGCGGCGAGCCAUCCGUUUCCUCCUGGAAAGCGGGGCGUUCCUGGCAGAGGACAUGCAGGACCCGCGCUUCAACCCGCCACUGCACUACUGCCGUAGCCUGCAGUAUGCCUACCAGCUGCAGCAGGCUAUGUCUGGGGGAGGUGGUGGGGAGGGGAGUAGCAGUGGGGAUGGCAGUGAGGGGGGCAGUGGGAGCGGCGUGGAGGGAGGCGUGGUUGGGGAAGGUGGGGAGGAGGGGGAGGGGGCGGUGGUGGGGAGUUGA